UGCCUAACACUGACACCCAAAAAGCUCACAAAAACCAUCCACCUCUUUUCUAGCUAGCUUAAAGUGUACACCAAUAACUAUGGCUGAGAGACAAGACCGUGAACAAGAGUACAUAUUCAGAAAUGUUCAACUCUUCAAGAAUGAUACCCUUGGAACUGGCUCCUACGGGGCAGUGUGUAAAGCCAAGUGUGACCAGCUACUCUGUGCUGCCAAGCUACUCUAUCCAGUGCUCUUCCAAAUGAUUGUUCCAGAUUCUGGUAAAGAACAUAGACACCCGUUUAGAAGAUUCGAAACAGAGUGUGCAUUUCUGAGUCGUAUCAACCACCCUAACAUUGUGCAGUACUUGGGGACCUAUCGUGAUCCCGACACAAAUGCACCAGUUCUUCUCAUGGAGCUCAUGGAUGAGAGUCUGACACACUUCCUGGAGUCAUCACCUGGAGACAUUCCCUACCACAUCCAAGUCAACCUCUCCUAUGACAUAGCUCAAGCACUUGCCUUUCUCCACUCCAAUGGGAUCAUCCAUCGCGACCUCUCCAGUAACAACGUCCUACUCAUUGCAGGCACUCGAGCCAAAGUCACCGAUUUCGGAAUGUCCAAAUUCAGGGAAAUAAACGUCAGCCGACUAGCCACAAUGACCACAUGCCCGGGAACACCAGCCUUCAUGUCUCCGGAGGCACUAAACGAACCACCAGUGUACACAGAGAAACUAGACAACUUCUCAUUUGGUGUUCUUCUAGUUCAGACUACAACUCGACAGUUUCCAAAGCCAACAGAUCGAUUUGAAAGUAUUCAAGUUCCCCAUCCACGAAACUCAAGUCGCACAAUUGAGGCUAAAAUAGCAAUCCCAGAACAGGAAAGACGUCAAGCCCACAUAAGCCUGAUUGAGCCCACCCACUCUCUACUGCCAAUUGCUCGCCACUGCCUCAAAGACAGAGAUGUUGAACGACCAUCUUCCCAACAGCUCUGCCAAACACUAGAUGCUCUCAAGAGGACACCACGGUACCAGGAAAGCUCCCAACAAGACUUGCACCAGAUGCUCAGAGAGAAAAAUGAACAACUACAAGCAAACCAACGCAUUAUCACAGAAAAAGAUAAGCAAAUUACAGAAAAAGACACACAGCUACAAACAAAUGACCAGAUUAUAGCAGAAAAUCAAGAGAUAAUUACACAACACAAAGAACAGUUAGAUACAAAAGACACUGAAAUCCAAACCCUUCAACAAGAUAAAGCAACCCUUCAACAUGAGGGUGAAGCCAGGGAGAGACAGCUGAGAAGACUCAACGAAGAGUUGCAAUCAAGUGAGGAGUACACUGUUGCCCUCAAACAAGCCAUAGAUCAACGACACAGAGAAGUCACUCAACUGAGACAAACGCUGGUAGGCAAGAACGAGGAAAUUUACGAUCUAUCAACUCGAAUGCACCAAGUUGCACUGCAAGAUGAGCAAGCUACACCAAUGAAACCUGUUACAAUAGGGUCACUACCUGAUGCACUUGUUGAUAUGGGGUCUGGAUCAUCAGCCGUGAUUGGAGACAAGGUAUACUUUAAUCCAUACGGAAGUAAAACUGUUUAUGAGUUCAGCAACAAUCAGUGGCACAAGUUACCACCUUGCCCUAACAGGCACUUCACUGUUGUCAGUGUUGAUGACAUGCUCACAACUGUGGGGGGAAGCCAUAGUAACAACCUCUACAGCUACAUUAACAACAAAUGCAUCGACGAACGCUUCCCUUCCAUGCCAACCAGACGGUGGUGGCCUGGAGCUGUGUACGCUAACAACACACUUGUAGUCACUGGAGGAUGGGGUGAUCCAAAAAGUUUAAGUACGGUCGAAAUAUUAAACACUGCUAACAUGCGAUGGUCUAUUGUUAGCUCAUUACCUGUGCCAACCAGUCGCCCAUCAACAACGACCUGUGGAGACUUUGUGUACAUACACCCACGAGCUGAGGAUGCUCAAGAGAAGUAUUCAGUGUACAAAUGCUCAUUAAGACAACUAACUCAGUCCCAGCCAAGCUCAGCUAUAUGGGAGAAGAUUGCCAAUUUGCCAGUUUACUAUUCCACUCUUGUCACUAUCAAUGGCCACCUGCUAGCAGUGGGUGGGCUGGACUCCAAUAUAGAUAACACCAAGGACAUAUAUCAGUACAACAAGACAUCAUGGACUGUUAUUAGUCAAAUUUCAACACUUCGAUAUGCAUGCUCCACUGCUCCCCUCCCUGGGAACAAACUGAUGGUGAUGGGAGGAGUUGGUGCACUAAAAAAAUGUGAAAUAGUUACUUUUAAAUAGUGCCAAAUUUAUUCUUUUGUGUUAUGUUAGUAAAAUAUUUGACAAUAUGUUGCAAAUCAUCAU